AUGAAGUUACUCAUCUUGGCCAUAUUGGUGGUUUCGGUGCUGGAAUGUGCAAGCAAAGAAACGAAGGAUAAGAAAAAGGCAAAGGACACCAAAACGAAGUUACCGAAGAUAAAAGAGAAAAAGAUGUUCAAUUUCGUUGGAAAGGAUCACUGGUCACUACCAGCUCUUGCUCAUUGCUUCAAAGAACCAAAAUUACCAAAUGAUUACUUCUGCUACAAAUACUACCGUAAUUACGAGGUAGUUUAUAUCGAUCCAGUGGCUACGAUACCAAUCAUUCUUGUAUAUCGAAAUUUCAUACCGCAGAAAUUCCUUGACGACUUUUUACGUGAUGUCAAAAAGAAGCAGAAAAGCAAUCAACAGAAAGGUAUUGACGAUAUGGGAUUCAUGAGAAGUUAUCUGAAUACAUUCAAAAAACGAGUAGCCAAUUCUACAACCAUUUCGCAUACUGAAAUGAGCGGUGUUGCCAGAGUGUUCCGCCGUGCCCAGUCACUCAUUCCAAUGCUCAACUUCAGCAUCAGUUCACCAUGGGAAGUAAGAGCACGACGACCCCAGAUAAACAGUAAUGCUUUCAGGCAAGUGGCUCUGUUCAUGCAGAAUGCCCAGUUGAAAAAGGAAGAAAAUAUGUUUGCUUACGAUAUUGAAAAGCUUAUCGCCCCCAAUAUGAAAGCCUACGGGAUCUCUCCAUUCUAUGACGUUUACGCCAUUCGACAACUGAUUGCAGAAGAAUACGCAAGAAUGAAUGCAGAAAUGCCGAGAAAGAAAGGCUAA